AUGAAUGAAAAAAAUCUUACGUUUUUGUGUUGCGGAUUUUGUCUCCUCAUCACUUCAUCGAAAUCUCAGCAAAAUUGCAUCAACAACGAAGAGGAAGGUCGUAAUUUGACAGUUCGAUACGAGAUAGAUACAGAUUUUACAAGAAUUUAUAAGAACGAGAUAAAAACACUGCAACAUGAUUUGUAUGAAAAGUUAUUCAGCAAUAUGCGAUAUGAAAUGCCGAAUGAAAUUAAUUCCAUGAAUGACAAUGACGAUGAUGUUGAUCUGUUAUUAUAUAAACUAAGCAAGCGUUCUGUUCAAAAUCCUAAGGAUGAAGACGAAAUUCCGGCAAACUCUCCCACCAAUUUGACAAAUGUCAAACAUGAAAAAAACUCUACGUCACCGAAAGUUGACGAAAACUUGUUCGGAAAGAAUAAUUCCAUGUCGAUGAAUAAAGUCUUUGGAAAUUCCACUAAGAAUAGUAAUGCAAGAAACAUCGUCCCAUACGAAACUUGCCAUAAUAUUACUUGCAUUCUGUUCUGCUGUCCCUUUGGCUAUAGCCAAAGGACGAAUGACAGCCAAUGCAUUCCAGCAGGAAAAAUGAAAUUCGAUUUACCGUAUGUGUACGAAUAUGCGAACGAUUCAAUGCAAAACGAAAGUAAGAGAGUGAACGAAUUGUUUCCCUUAACCAUCUAUGAUCCGUGUUUGCGAACGCAACGUAUCGUGGUAGACGAGGGUCAUCAGUACGAUUAUAAGAUUUUCACCGAUGGAUCUAUUUAUUUAGCUUAUUAUCAAACAUUAUUUAAAUCGACGUCAUAUUGUCUCUCCGUCUUCUUGAACAGAGGGAAAGAGUUCGAAAACUGCGAAAUGUACAUGGAUUUAUGUUGCGCAAUUACAGCGCAGUUUCAAUCGUAG